AUAGGCAGGCAAGAAAAACUAGAAGACCAGAAUGGGGAAUGGAAAGGUUUUUUUUACCAGAAGGAGAAAUUGAUAUUCAUACCAUCAGGUUGGAGGCUACCCAGACGGAAUAUAAGGUGUUGCUCCUCAACCUGAGGGUGCCCUCAUUGUGGCACGGGGAGGCGAUGGACUGACCUGUUGGAACAGAAGUGGGGAACGGAAUUAAAAUGCUUGGCCAACAGGAAACACUUCUUUUGGCGGAUGGGGCAGAGGUGCUCAAUGAAGCAGUCCUCCAAUUAACGACGGGUCUCACCAACAUAGAGAAGACAGCAUUGAGAGAACUGGACACUAUAGACAACCCCAUCAGAUCUGCAGUUUGCCUCAUCUGGAAGGACUGUUUGGGGCCAUGGUGGAGGGGAACUGGCUGGUUCAAUAGAAAUUUACAAGUGACUGUAAAUAGUGCCUAUAGCCAUAAAAGACAAAACCUUCAUCAUAAUGUGUUCAGAUAGAAGAGGUUGGAAUGGGCUGCAGGAAGUAGUUACUAAUCAAAAUUGUUUCAAAAAAUUACCUAAUAAACCCUGACUAGAAUUUUAAUUUAAGAGACAAUUGCGGAAAAAGAGCAUGUUUGAUGUCACCAGCCCUGCCCUUUUUCUGUAAUUUUGUCUCAAAUUAAAAUUCUAGUCAGCGUUCACUAGUUAAUUUUUUGACACAAUUUUGAUUGCUAACUACUGUACAUUUCUGUGAAUGAUGAUAAACCCUUUAAUACAAUUAUCUUUCCAAAGAAUUUAUUUCUAUUGCUAACUGGGGACUGAUUGUGUUCCAGUUUCCCAUUAGACUUUAACAAAUGCAUUCAGUAGAUAACUCCAUCCAUUUGCUGUGCAUGAAUGUAUACUGUUAACUUGGGAAUUCCACAAAUUGCAGCUUAAUAUGAUGGUGUUACCCAAAACUAAUAUUUUAUUUUGUAAACCUGGCCUAAAUUCCUCUGUAAUUUUUUUUCAGCAAUUCUCAGAUAAUUCAUUUUGAAGUUUAAACUCAAUAGAAACUUAAGCACCAUACACAAAGUUCUGGAGAAACUCAGCAGGUCAGGCAGCAUCUGUGGGAAGGAAUAGAGUGUUGAUGUUUCAGGCCAAGCCUUUCGUUGGACACGUUAUGACCUUUCAUGAGUCCUGAUGAAGUGUCUUCGCCUGAAAUGUCAAAUCUUUUAUUCCAUGCCAUAAAUGGCAGCUGACCUGCCAAAUACAGCAUUUUGUGUGUAUUCCUCUAGAUUUCCAGCAUCUGCAGAAUUUCUUGUGUUUUGGAAAUGUAAGUAAAAUUAUUGUCACGGUGGUGAUACAUGCUUCCUACUGUACUGGCCCUUGGUGACUUCAUAAAAAGUACAUUUAUUUAUUAACAAAUUACCUAUGCAGUAUACAACCCUAAGAUUCAUCUUCUUCACAGAUCACAGAAAACCAUGGAAUCUGUUCAAAGAAAACAUAAAUCCCCUGCACAAAAAAAUAUCGCGCUAACAGCCUAGUUUGCCUAGAUUGAUACCAGGUGGUCUGUCAGGUUUAUUCUUCUGUUUCAAUAUAGAAAUCGUCGCACAAUAUAGAAUUGGCUGCUGGACCAUUUUAGAGUGUGGUUAAGAACCAACACAAGGGGUUGAUCUGGAGCCAUAUAGAGAGAUGCCUGCUGAAAAUCAUAUACAUCUGAAGCACAAAGACAAAGACCUGAAAACUAUCAGUAAGGAUCUGUUGCACAUCAGGCAGUUGGUCAACACGGCGAAACAAGGGCAAGGUUUCUUCAGGAGACUGAAGAGAGAGGAGAAGGAGAAAGAAACUGCACAACUGAGGGAACAGAGGAAACGGAUAGAGAAACGCAAAACCGCAUGGCAGCCUCCAAAGUUCUCUUCAGAUGAGGACUCUGAGGAAGAGCAGGAUGUAGAGAAAAGGUAUUUCAAAACCGAACCAGUCCUGUCAGUGCACUUGAAAACAGUUCAGCGCCACUCCCAAAAGGCAUCUAGAAAAGGAAAGAAUGUUACUGCCCGACCCUACACUCCGGUACAUUGUAGUUUGAUAUCAACCAGAUUUACAGAAGAAGAUAUAGAACCACUUCAUCGACAGCUCUGUGCCUUGAACUGGCUAUUGGAGGCUGUGGCUGCAGAACCACCCAGCACAGUAGGCCCUGUUUCAAGCUGUUGGAGUGCCAGGGAUUCUGGUGGAAUGAAAAAUGUAUCCAGGAAAAUCAGUAAAGAUAAAUCUAUAGAAGCCAAGUGGGAGCAAUUCACAUCACAACCCAAGUUCAAAAGGUCCACUCUAAGGGUUCUGCAAAAGACAACAAUGCGGCCCAGAAGAGCCUCUUUAUCAGUUGCUUCACCUGCCAAUGUUUCCUCCUCUGUUAUGACCCCAGUGUUUGACAGCGCUGCCUCAGAGGUCACCAUCUCUGAAGAUGUAGGAAUGGGGUCUCCAGCACCUGUGCUGGAGUCCGUUUUUGAGAUUCCAGAUGACGACUCAACAGUAAGCAGCCUUUGCACCCAAAACAAACAGGAUCAAGAAGAGGAGCCAAUAUCUGACUAUCUCCAGAAACUACUUGAUUCUGUACACCAGAGCAUAAACACAGAGCUUCAUGGAGAACAGAAAGAUCCAAGAGACAAUGAGAAAAGUUCAACAGCUGUCAUGAGUAAUGGAAAAAUGAACCCACGGGCCAGUCACAGCACAGAGCCACCAGCUGAUGUGAAUAAAUUACAGCAGAGACCAAAAAGUUCCCCCUCCAGCCCCAUUUCAAAAAGCAGCCUGUUUUCUGCCAGCAAAUCCUCCCUCCCUCUGGAGAUGCAGUCGAAAUUCAUUGAGAUAACGGAGGAAGCAGCCUUGUGUCUCCAUGACAACCUAGAAGCCUUGGAAAAGAACCGGUGGGACACCAACAAGCAGAAAUUCUGUGCACUGGAAAACAUUACCAGCUUCUAUACAUUCAGUGAGGACCUGCAGCGGUCUCUUCAGGAAUCCAGAGGCAAUAAAACAGAAGGGACAGCAGAGACCUGGUAUUCCCGCUUGUUGUCCAGAGUUCCCGAGGCAGUACAACGGAAUCAGAAGAUCAACCGAGCUCUGAGGAGACUGGAAAAGUUUGGAGUACAACAGAACUUCAGGAUUCGGCCACAGCACUUCCUCAAGGUGCUUCAUGGAUUACGGAAUUGGGAGCUUUGCUCUCCGGACGUAAGCGCAGCAGUUGAGUUCUUGCGAGACGAAGUGAUUCGGAUGCCCAUGGAGGACUAUGACGGCUGGCUCCAGUUGAAAUUGAAAAUGCCCCAGAGGAUACAGAGUGCUCCACCCAUGAGGUGAAGAUCACAGAAGGAGGAAGUUUGGAAAAACACUUCUGGAAGUGUUCCGUAUCUUUUUCUUCAAUUAUAAAUGAACUGACAUCACUGAGUAUGAUGUUAAAGAACACAAAUAGGAUGUCAAUAUCUGCUGUUUCAAAGAGUCUCGUAAGCUGGCCAGCUGUACUGUAAUGCAAUGCAAAACAGGUCCUCUUUAGCCUUGUAAUCUCAUGUAAUUCUGCCCACAUUAUAUAAAUAGUUUUCUAAUAAUAAACUGACCAUGGAUUAAACUAAGGAGUUAAAAUGGUAAUAGAUGCUCCUGUUAUUUUGACAAGUGAUUCUUUCCAUUUAUAGACCAAUGGAAAUGAUACUUCCUUUUCCAAAUUUUGUUCUUAACUCUAAAUGAAUAUCAUUCAUGAGUUACCACAUCAACCUAAACUGUUGGAUAUUUGUUGUAGCUUUCUUGGUGCCUCUCUCCAUCUUUUUCUUUUCUUGUUUUCUGUUUUAAGGGUACGGCUUCGUGCACUGAUUCUCUUAGCGACUCUCCUGCUCAUUCUGAACACCAAGCACUAACAAGCACACUUUUCCAAACUUUAAAUACUUGAACUGAAGGAGCAGGAUUUCUUGACACUCCUAGCCAGAACCUGUUUACAAGGAGAAAGAAUCUCAAAGGAAGGGCAAUUAGCAACCCAUUAGAAUUUGCACCAGUGAAAAAUCAUCAGUUCUGCCAUCCAGUGCUGCUGUAGUAUCAUUGAUAUAAUGCAAGGGGUUAUACGCCAUGGACCAAUACCAUUAAGCCUGGGGUCCGUGGACCAAUAUAAUGUGAGCCGUAGAUAAGCGAACAGCACAGUAGUGCUGCAGUUUACAGCAGCCAUCCGUAAGAUCGGGGUUCGACUGACAGUAAGGAGUUUAUAUGUUCCUCCUGUGACUGCAUGGGGUCCUCCGGGGGGGGUGGGGGGGUUGCUCCAAUUCCCUCCCACAUUCUAAAGACAUAUGGGCUAUAGGGAUCGGUGAGUUAUGGACAUGCUAUGAUGAUGUCAGAAACAUGGCAUCAUUAGCGGGCUGCCCCCAGCACAUCCUCACUGAUUAGAUUUGACAUAAACACCGCAUUUCAUUGUAUGUUUCGACGUAUGAGUGGCAAACAGAGCUAAUCUCAUUUUUAAGAAAGCUUUAAACUCUCCUUGACUACUACCAUCUCACUUGACAUUAAUCCUGCAAUUAAUCAACAUGAUUUCUGUUGACCUCUGUGUUCAAGACAUUAUUUCUUGUUUUCUGGGAAGUAUCUACUGGUAAUUGAGGGUCCAAAAUUAAUGGGUUUUCAGCUAUUACUGAUUAGCCUUUGGUCAUGCUGUUGUCACUCAGUGGACUGACCAGAAUUUAACACAUGGCUUUCUUGCAGUUAAUGACAGCCAUGGUUAAGUAAGCAAACUUUCCACUGUUAGUUAUUCCUGACGGAUAGAGUACAGAACAUAGAAUGGUACAGCUCAGGAACAAGCCCUUCAGAGCACAAUGCUGUGCUGCAGCAUUUAAAUUAGUCAUCAAAUGGCCGACUAAAUUCAUCUCUUCUGCCUACACAAUGUACACAUCCUUCCAUUUUUCUCACAUUCAUGUGCUUAUCCAAAUGAUGCUUCAAAAUCCCAGAUGUAUCUGCCUCUACCACCACCCGGGGAAUGCAUCCCAGGCACCCACCAUUCUCUCUGUAAAAUACUUGCCCCUCAUAUCUCCUUUGAAAUUACCCCCCUUCACCUCUGGCAUGUGACAUUUUAACCCAUUUUAACUGUCCACUCUAUCUAUGCUUCUCGUAAUCUCAUCGACCUCGAUCACAUCUCCCCUCAGCCUCCGCCUCCACAGAAAGCAACACAGCUGUGCCCACCCUCUCGUUAUAGUGCAUGCUCUCUAAUCCAGGCAGCCCCCCUGGUAAAGCUCUUCUGCAGCCUCUAUGAAGUUUCCAUAACCAUCCUAUAAUGGGGCGACCAAAACUGUACGCACAAUUCCAGAUGCAGCCUGAUGAGAGUUUUACAAAGCUCCAACGUAACUUCCUGACUUUUGAACUCAGUGCCUUGUCUAAUGAAGGCAAGCAUGCCAUAUGCAUUCUGAACAACCCUAUCAACCUGUGUAGACACGUUCAGGGAGCUAAGAACUUGGACCCUGAGGUCCCACUGCUCAUAAAAACUGUUAAGGGUUGCUUUUGAUUUGACCUACACUUCACAUUGGCCGGGUUAAACUCUUAUCUGCCAUUCCUCCUUCAUAUUUGCAACUGAUCUAUAUCACACUGUAUUCUUUGUCAGUCUUCUAUGCUAUUCACAACAUCACCAAUCUUUGUGCCAUCUACAAACUUAUAAACUCACCCACGUACAUUUUCAUCCUGUUUAUUUAUACACAUCACAAGCAGCAGAGAUUCCAGUACAGAUCCCUAUGGAACACCACUAAUCACAGACCUCCAGCUAGAAUCAGUCCCUUCGACCACCACCGCCUGUCUUCCUUGGGCAAUCCAGUUCAGAAUCUAAAUGGACAAUUCGCCAUGGAUCCCAUGCACCUUAGCCUCCCAUGAGGGACCUCUACAAAACAUCACUAAAGUCUGUGUAGGCAAUAUCCACAGCUCUAUCUUCAUCAAUCACUCUCAUCACCUUGUCAAAGAUAUCAAUCAAGUUAGUAAGUCACAGCUUGCUCCGUACAAAGUCGUGUGACACAGCACAGAACAGGUGCUUUCAGUCCAAUGAGCCGUACCACCCAGCAACCGACCUAGUCAACCCUAACCAAUCAUAGGAUGGUUUACAACGGCAAUGUGGAAUGUGGGUGGAAACUGGAGCACCCAGAGGAAACCCACAGACUCACAGGAAGGACAUGCAGACUCAUUACAGAUGGUAUCAGAAUUAAUUAUGACAUUGUUCCUUAAAUUUUAACCAAAGAAACUUAAAAGUAAAUAAAUUGGGCAAUUCACACCUCAGAUUUUCCUAUCCCCACCUUGCACUCUCUCCCUCUCUCUCUCUCUCUCACACACACACACACACACUUUCUCUUUCAUCUACCUCACUUCCUUAUCCCUCCCUCUCUCCAGUUACUCCGAGUAAGAGCUGUACAUAAACUAGUAAGGUGAAAGGUUGUUCUAUUACCAUUCUGGUUGCCUCCAUUUCGAAGAGAAAGCAAAAUGCUGCUGUCACUGGAGAUCUGAAAUUCCAAAAUAAAAGAUUAUGAUGAAGGGAUUUAACUUGCAAUAUUGAUUCUGUCCCUGUCUCCACAGAUGCUGCCUGACCUACUGAGUACAUCCAGCACUUUCUGUUUUAUUUCAUAACGCAUUUGCCAGAUCUGUUAUGUGAGCUUUGCAUAUCAUCCAAAAGCCUUGUAUCCAAUGACCUCACCCUUUUUGCGAUUGUAGCUGCAACUUCUGCUGACCGGCAUUCUGGAAAUUAAUCCCUCUCUGGUGAUACAAUCUGGAAAUGAAUUCGAGGAAUGCAGUCAUUUUGGAAUGAGAAUUUGAAUUACUGUCACAUGUACUGAGAUACAGUGAAAAGCUUGUCUUGCAUACUGUUCAUACAGAUCAGAUCAUUACACUGUGCACUGAGGAAGAAAAUGGUAAAACAAUAACAACGCAGAAUUAAAGUGUAACGGCUACAGAGAAAGUGCAGUGUAGGGAACCAUUCAGUUAUAAUGGCAGGGUAAAAACUGUCCUUAGGGAUAAGAGAAGAUGUUCAUGGUAGAUGGGGAUCUUUGAUUCUGCUGGCUGUGUUACUGAGGCAGCAAGAAGUGUCAGCCGUGUCCAUAGAGGGGAGACUGGUUUCUGUGAUGUGCUGAGACAUGGUGCUACUAAUGAGGUGACAUUUUCCCUGAAAUGUCAUAUUGCUGACAAAUCAGUUUUACACGGCUGAAUGUAAUCACAUUUAAUAUGCAGUUUCUUGCAAUAGAAGCAAUAUAGUGCUAGGUAUUCAGUUUUAAAACACUUUUAAAUAUUUCUGCUCAGCCAGCAGAUGUAUAAGCUAAUAAAUUACUCUGCAGGCCACAUGGAGGUUCACAGUUACUUGUGGCCAACCCUCAAGGACUGGAAACUCAGUCUAUGUAUCCCUGUUUAUUGGUUUGUCCUGUUUGAAUUGCACGGUCCUUGGGAAAUCCGUAGUUGCUGCUCGGUUCAGCAACUUUAAUUGCUUGCAUUAACGGGAACAAGGAUCAGGAUUCACCUGGAAAUUCCAAGACUGUGGUACACAUAAUGAAAUCACAAAGCUUGAAAUGUCUCUUCUGUCAUUAGUGGGCUGUGGGCUCAUUUGUGAAACCUUUGGGAAAAGGGGAAAAGUUGAGAAAUUACAGCUGAGUUUAGCUAUGGGGAUAUCUGGUAGGGAGUUCCCAUCCUCCCAAGUCUUUUGUAAUAAUCUGCUAACACAGUUAAGAGCUGACACUAAGCACUGUCACUGUGCUGUGGUAUUGGAAUUUCAGAACCUCUCAGCAAUCAACACAACAAGCAGGGAUGUAGGCAGAAAAACUGUGCUGGCUGCUUUAUUAGGUACCCCCAUACCACCUUGUUAAUGCAAAUAUCUAAUCAGCCACUCAUGUGGCAGCAACUCACUGCAUAAAAGCAUGCAGACAUGGUCAAGAAGUUCAGUUGUAGUUCACACCAAACAUCAGAAUGGGGAAAAAUCAUGAUCUAAGUAACUUGAACCAUGGAAUGAUUGUUGGUGCCAGACAGGGUAGCUUGAGUAUCUCAGCGACUGAUGACGUGUGAUUUUCAGGCACAACAGUCUGUGGAGUUUAGAGAAGGGUGCACAAAUAAAAAAAAUCCAGUGAACAACAAUUCUGCGGGUGAAAAUGCCUUGUUAGUGAGUGAGGUCAGAGGAGAAUGGCAAGACUGAUUCAAGCUGACAGGAAGGCAACAGUAACUCAAAUAACCACACGUUUCAUCUGUGGUGUGCAGAAGAGUAUCCCUGAACUGACAACAUACCAAAGUUUGAGGUGGAUGGGCUACAGCAGCAGAAAACCACACCGGGUUCCAGUAGUAUGACCACUGAGUCCUUUGUAAAUGCAAUUGUUUCAUUCAAGCCUAAUUAUCCUAAUAUUGCACCCUUGAGAAGCCUAAAAAUUUACAAAACAGAACGAAGCCAUUCAGCCUAUUAAAUAUACAGUAUUCAACGUAUUUCCAUUUAGCAUCACAGUGCAUUUCGAGACAUGCAGCCUGGAAACAGGCCCUUGGGACUAUUUAGUCUGUGCUAACCAUCAGUCACCCAUUGACACUGCACAACCCUCUUCUUGCUAUCAAUGCAGAAUCAGAUUUAUCAUCACUGAUUUUCAUCAUUAAAAUUAUCGCUUUAUGGCAACUGUGUAGUGGAAGACAUAAAAAUUACUAUAAUUUACACAGAAAUAGUGCAAAAGAGGCAUAGCAAGAUUGUGCUCUUGAGACUCAUGGCCCAUUCAGAAAUCUAACAGUGGAUGGAAGAUAAACUGGUGAGGUGGAGGGGUGGGUCUUCAGGCUCCUGCAUCUCCUCCCUGGCAGUAGUCAUGAGGAGAGGGUGUUCCUGUCAACUCCUCCUGGAUCCUGCCACUCACCAACACCAGAGGUAGUUUAUAGUGGCCAAUUAAACUACCAACCCACACAUCUUUUGGAUGAGGGAGGAAGCCAGAGCAGGAGGUGGGAAUCCCAUGCAGUCACGGGGAAUCGUGUUCCAGACGUCCUCAAAGGAGCUCCAAGGCAGCAGUUCUACCAGCUACACCACUGUACUUCCCCCACAGUUUUUGUUGCAAUCGAAUGAGUAACUUCUAAUUCUUCGAACAAAAGUCCAACUCAGUUGUCUGUGGCAUUGCUGACUCAUUGUAAAGUGGCAGCAGUCACAGAAACACUAACACCCAAGAAUGAUAAGGUCUAUAAAAUGUAAUGGAUACAGCCCAGUCCAUCGCAGGAAUAGCCCUCCCCACCACUGCACACAUCUAAAGGAGUGUUACCACAUGAAAGCAGCAUUCAUCAUCAAGGACACCCACUGUCCAAGCCAUGCACAUUGGGCAGGAGGCCCAGGGUCCCACACCACCAGGUUCAGGAACAGUUAUUACCCUUCAACAAUCAGGCUCUUGAACCAGCGUGGAUAACUUCACUCACCUCAACUCCAAACUCAAUCCACAACCUGUUGACUCACUUUCAAGGACUCUUUCACUCAUGAUCUCAUUAUUUAUUUAUGUAUCUUUAAAUCGUACAGUUUAUCUUUUGCACAUUGGUUGCUUUUGUGUGUAAUUUUUCAUCGAUUCUGUUAUACUUCUUUGCUCUGCUGUGAAUGCCUGCAAGAAAAUUAAUCUCAAGUUAGUAUAUGGUGACAUUUACUUUGAUAAUAAAUUUACUUUGAAUUUUGAAAUGUGUUGAUUCUGCAUCUAAAUCCUGGAACUCUUUGCUGAACAGUGUUGGAGUUGACUUUUUCAAUACAGCAGAGGUCAUUCAAGAAUGCAGCCCAUUACCUUUGCAGGGUAACACAUCAUUGUCUUUAUGUGCCGUCUUACUUGCC